AUGAUACCGCCCGCAGGGACAGUGGAAGAUGUUGUGAACGGCAAAACCGACGACACCAUCAACGCGUGGAGAGGGAAGAAUGUUAUCGGUGGGAUCGGUAUGCAGGAGAUGAGGCAUGGCGCUGCAGGCAUCACGGCGAAUCGCAAUAUGGCAGUGGGAGAGGUCGUAGACAACCAUGCCAUCUCCCGCAUAGUUGUCCUCCCAGAAAACUCGAAAAUCGCAACGCAAUAUAUAGUCAACAACGCUCUGAGGCUGUGCAGGACCGUCAUGUGUAGGUGGCGUUUAAGGGCGCCUCACAAAAACGCAGGCGAAAACAUGCACCUGAGGACGGUUGAAAACGAAGCUGUGGUAAUCAUAGCGGGGUCGAUGGUAAUGAUUUCCAUGCGUCGUCAUCAAUGGCUGUCAGGGCUCAGCAGUUCCGUAUCUGCAGUGGCUGCUAAUCAAGGGUGUCAGGGUCAUGCUGUAUCUGCCGCCAACAGAGGUGGGUCAUCGCGCACUCCGAAGCUGCGGAUCUUAGUGGCAACGGGCAACAUAGAACUGCAGAACGGCGAUAAUGAGAAAUAUGUGGAAGAGCACGACUACAAGCACGGCCUUUUCAACCAUCCGCAGUUCAAAUCGAUCUCAGCAAAUGGUUUGUUAGUAGCAAUAAGCGCGACACGGCAUGCAGUCAUCAUCAGGCGCAAGCCUGUUGCAGUCAUAGCCGAGGAUGUACUCACACUGACGGGUGGGAUGGGGGCCAGUUCAAUCACGGUGCUGCCUGACGCCGUGAAGGACUUUAAGGCGGCGGAAGUACAAGUGAGUAGACAGUCGCUGCUCGCCGCCGGAAUAGGCUGCCGCAUAGUGUGGCACCAGCCCCUCGAACAGGUAGACCCGUGCGAGGCAAAAUGCCUCUUUGAGAAAAGCAGCUCGCUGGAAUUUUUCAACUUUGACACGACGCUGCAGUCCCACGGCAGCGACGGACUCGUGCAGCAUGCCCUGCUGGAAACGGUCAAAAGGGCCACACAUAAUACGAUUUAUGUCGAACGGUGA